UUGCAGCCAAUCACGGCACACAUUGCCAUGUUUCCGGAAGCACACACGUGUUUGGUGUUUCACUUCAGCAAUGCAGAAUCAGUAACGCUGUAACUUAAAACAGAUAGAUUGUGUGCCAGUUUAGUAAUUUCAGUCUCUGACUUGAGGAGUUAUUUCGGGAUGGUCUGGGCAAGCAGAGCUUGCUUCCGCAAGUAUGGAAACUUUGUGGAUAAUAUACGGCUGUAUGUGAGGGGUGGGAGCGGAGGAAUGGGUUUGCCCCGUUUAGGGGGACAUGGAGGAAAUGGUGGAGAUGUGUGGGUGGUGGCCAAAAAAGGCACUACGUUGAAGCAAAUCAAGGACAAACACCCUAACAAACGAUUCACUGCAGGUGUUGGUUCAAACAGCAGUAUUCAUGCUCUGAGAGGGGCGAAAGGAGAGGACACCGAGGUCUUCUCACCAACUGGGAUCAGUGUUACAACGGAUGGUGGGAGAAUACUAGGGGAGUUGAACUGUGAAGGUGACAGACUUUUGGUGGCUAGAGGUGGUCAUGGUGGCUCUCUUCACUCGGGGUUCUUACCCAGUAAAGGUCAAACCAGACAGAUUCGGCUCGACCUUAAACUCAUCGCAGAUCUUGGACUUGUAGGGUUUCCCAAUGCAGGCAAAUCCUCCUUGCUGACUGCCUUGUCUCAUGCUAAACCAAGGAUUGCCAGCUAUCCCUUUACAACUUUAAGACCUGAAAUCGGAAAGAUCAUGUAUGAUGACCACAAACAGGUUUCAGUGGCAGACUUACCAGGACUCAUUGAAGGUGCUCACGUGAAUAAAGGCAUGGGACACAAGUUUCUCAAGCAUGUGGAAAGAACCAAGCAGCUCAUGUUUGUGGUCGACGUCUGUGGGUUUCAACUAGCUAGUAACACACCAUUUAGGUCUGCAUUUGAAACCGUACUGCUUUUAACCAAGGAGCUGGAGUUGUAUAAGGAGGAACUGUUAGGCAAGCCAGCCAUCCUGGUCAUAAAUAAGAUGGACCUCCCUGAGGCUCAGGGCCGGCUCAGAGAGCUGGAAGCUCACUUGGAGAACCAGGAAGAAUCAAGCAACAUCUUUCCUGAGGACGUCAUCCCUAAAACACUAAUGCGUUUUACGCAAAUCGUCCCAGUCUCUGCCACGACUGGCCUUGGACUGCCCUUGCUCAAGUCCCUCAUCCGUCAAUCACUUGAGGAGCAGGAUGCCAUAGAAACUGAGGGUCAGCGCAGUGAGAAGCUACUCAAGUUGAGAAGGGAGAUUCCUACUUCAUCCAUACCCAGCUGGGGGGGUUCUCAAACAACCUGAAGUCUCAUAUUUAGGUUUGGGUAUGGCAGUCCAUAAACAAUCCUCAGGGAUACUGUUGAACAUUUGCAGACCUGUGAAAUAUGUGUGGCUAUAAGGAACACAAAGGGCAUGUUUUUCACUUAUCAAAUCAGUCUAAUUUGUAUAGACUUGUAUCUGUGCCUUAUAUGUGUUUAUUCAUUCAUGAAACGUUUGAAGUUGGUUUUAGCUGGUCUCCCAUUCUGAUCAGGCUGGUCUGGUUUGCUGGUUUUAAAGGGGUUUUGGGAAAUUUUCCGUUGAACAGGCUCGGAGACCAGAAUAAAAAACCAAACUAAUUAUCUUAGGCUGAUUUAAACUUGAUUUAUUUAAAAUUAGGCUGGUUUAAAAUUUGAUUUAUUGAAUUUAGCAUCACUGUUUUUCAAGGUCUUGCAUUUUGUGGAGAAAUUUAUGACAGAAUCAGAACUCUACUGCCAUCUGCUGAUUUUUUUUUUUUUUUUGCUGUUGUUUGUGAUGUAGGUAUAUCAUGCCUUCAUUGAUUUGUUUCAUACUAGAAUAUACAGCACCAGAUAUUGUCAGAGUGAGAGUGAAUGGAAGGAUGAACUGAGAAGCACAAAAAAGUCACAUGUUAACUGUUAUUAUAUUGAAAGACUAAGAAAAUCCAAGUAUGAAUCGAAAGUCUGGUCAAAAUGUCAACAAAGCAGAGAAAUAGAUUUGACGUUUUUUUCAAAGUUCAAAGGGAUUUUUCCAUUUCAUAUAACUGUUACAAUGGCAUUAUUAAACCAAUCACUGUCACUUGACAGAGCACUUAAACCAAAGUCAGAGCAAAUGUAUUCUCAAGUGUUUUUUUUGUUUUUUUGCUAUUUAUCAGAAAACCUUCCUCACUAAAUUUUUAUUAACAUAAAUGUAUAUGUCCUGUUCACCUGCAGACAAGUGGCAGCUCCACCAUAUGCCACUAAAAUCUUGCAGGUGGUUUUAAUUGCAGGCUAAACCAGGGUGCAUAGGCUCCUUUUCAGAGUUGCUGUUUUUAUCUGUCAAAUUUGUGUGCAUAUUCUUUUAUAUUCACAUUCAAACACACUUGAACAUUUUAGUCAUAUUUAUUAAACUGAUUUCUUGCAAAACUGGUUCAAACAUUUCAAGGUUAGGUUAGUACUUUACAGCCAAUAGUAUUCAUUCAGUGAUUAAUCACAUUGAAAAGACUCAAAUAUUUACCUUAACCAUUACAGAGGUUUGAUUCACACAUUAUUACAGAGUUUGACAAUAUUGCUUAUUUAUAAAUUAUGAUUCAGGCCUUUGCACAUUGAGUCCGACAUUUUCUUAAAGGCACACAAUGUAUUUUUUUCGCCGCUAGGGGUCGCUAAAUUC